AGUCCGUGUGGAAUACUAUGUUAAUGAAAAUACAUUCAAAGAAAGACUGCAACUAUACUUCAUUAAGAAUCAGAGAUCAAGUUUACGAAUACGUAUAGCUGAUUUAUUUUUUAAAUUAUUAGCUUGUGUUUUGUAUAUUUUACGUGUGAUAACGGAUACAAAUCCAACAUAUGCCACAUGUUAUGGCUGUAAUGUUAGUAAUAAAACAGAAUUUUUAGCUUCAGCAGAAUUAACUGAAGAGGAAUUUCAAGAGAAUCCCAUUAUCAAUUGGGAGGCGAUAUUGUGGGUAAAUCGUGCCACUGUCUUAUGGGCUGUUCAAUUAAUUUUAGCAUUAGUUUCACUAACAGAAGCCGUUCUUUUAACAUAUCUUGGCUAUAAGGGAAAUAUAUGGCAACAAAUCCUGUCAUUUCAUUUUAUAUUAGAAUUAAUUACGACAAUACCUUUUGCAUUAACGAUACUAUGGCCGCCUUUAAGAAAUUUAUUUAUACCCAUAUUCCUAAAUUGCUGGUUAGCAAAACGUUCUCUCGAGAACAUGUUCAACGAUUUACAUCGUGCCAUGCAAAAAUCACAGUCCGCCUUGUCACAACAAUUGACAAUACUGUCAGCCACACUGCUGUGUUUAGUUUUUACGAGUGUUUGUGGCAUACAACAUUUUCAACGUGCCGGGCAUCGCCAUUUGAAUUUAUUUCAAUCAACUUAUUAUGUGGUUGUCACCUUUUCAACAGUUGGUUACGGUGAUUUUGUACCCGAUAUCUGGCCUUCACAAUUAUACAUGGUCAUAAUGAUAUGUGUGGCGUUAAUUGUAUUACCAACACAGUUUGAACAGUUGGCCUUCACUUGGAUGGAACGUCAAAAAUUAGGUGGCAGUUAUUCAUCGCAUCGUGCCCAAAGUGAAAAACAUGUUGUCGUUUGUUCAACGACACUACACGCGGACACUAUAAUGGAUUUUCUUAAUGAAUUUUAUGCUCAUCCUUUGUUGCAAGAUUACUAUGUUGUCCUAUUGAGUCCCAUGGAAUUGGAUACGACAAUGCGUAUGAUACUACAGGUGCCCAUAUGGGCACAGCGAGUUAUUUAUAUACAGGGAUCCUGUUUAAAGGAUGGCGAUUUAGCACGAGCACGCAUGAAUGAGGCUGAGGCAUGCUUUAUUUUAGCCGCACGCAAUUAUGCCGAUAAGACUGCUGCCGAUGAGCACACCAUUUUACGUUCAUGGGCUGUUAAAGAUUUUGCACCCAGUGUACCGCAAUAUGUACAAAUCUUUAGACCCGAACACAAGUUACAUGUUAAAUUCGCCGAACAUGUUGUGUGUGAAGAUGAAUUUAAAUAUGCUUUGUUGGCCAAUAAUUGUACAUGUCCUGGUGCCAGUACAUUAGUUACAUUACUCUUGCAUACAUCAAGGGGCCAGGAAGGUCAACAAUCACCCGAGGAAUGGCAUCGUCUCUAUGGCAAAUGUUCUGGCAAUGAAAUCUAUCAUAUAGUUUUAGGUGAUAGUCGCUUUUUCGGAGAAUAUGAAGGAAAAAGUUUCACUUAUGCUAGCUUUCAUUCACAUCGAAAGUAUGGUGUGGCUUUAGUUGGUGUAAGACCAGCACAAUUGCCAGAAUUCUAUGAAGACACCAUACUGCUGAAUCCCGGUCCGCGGCAUAUUAUGAAAAAAGAUGAUACAUGCUAUUAUAUGAGCAUAACGAAAGAGGAAAAUUCUGCAUUUGUCGUUAAUCAAAAUCAACAAAAUCAAAAUGCAGAUCCAGCAACGGGUAAAGAUGGUGGUGUAUCAUCAUCAUCAUUACCAACAGCAAUAAUAACAACAACAACAACUACAAAUGCAACUAGUACUACAGCAACAUCAAUACCAAAAUCACCAUCAUCAUCGACGCACACGUUUCAGGUGCCCAUACCGUCGGUUUGUGUCCGUGUGCCACAUACAAGUACAAAUAGUUAUUUUCAUUGCAAUACAGUUGGCGGUAAUACACCAGUCACUGAAAGGCCUCACCAAAAAAACAACAAUCAUUUUCAUCAUCUUAAUAUUAAAUCCUCUUCCGAAUGUGAUUUUACAACACUAUUUGUGCCAUCAGAUAAUCCUACAUCUGUGAUAAUAUCGGAUUCGAAACCGAAUCUUAAAGAUACCGCUGUUACAUCGACUAAUGCAACGCAAACGCCAGCAGCAACGACAACAACCACUGUCACAAACACGACGACGAUACCAUUAAGUUUAGGUGGUGGCAGCGGAGGAAGUGCUAGCGGCGGUGGUAGUUCUAUGGGCAAUACUUUAGCUGUAAGCUCCGCACUAGGUGGUGGUGGAGGAGGAGGAGGUGGAGGCGGCGGUUUAACUGUAGCCUCAACAACUGGUAACCAUUUAGAAUUACCACAAACGGGUAAUCCAAACUUAUUAAGUCCGGAUAUUUUAAAUCAAAGAAGAGGAAGUAGACGACCUUCUAUCUUACCCGUACCUGAUAUGUUCACCUCCUCCUCGUUUAGUAUAUCUGGCAAUGAUGAUGGCGAUGAGGGUGAUGAAAGUGACGACGAAAUCGAAGAUGAUGUACCCUGGCGUUCGCCAUCAGAAAAAAUUGCCAUCGUUAAAGGAUUUCCUCCUGUGUCACCGUUUAUUGGUGUUAGUCCCACGCUCUGUUAUUUACUCAAGGAGAAGAAACCAUUAUGCUGUUUACAGUUAGCACAGGUCUGUGAACAUUGUGGCUACCGUAAUGCCAAAGAAUAUCAAUGGCAAAAUAAAACAAUAAUUUUAGCUGCCGAUUAUGCCUCGAAUGGUAUUUAUAAUUUCAUCAUACCGUUGCGUGCCCAUUUCCGUUCGAAAACCUCAUUGAAUCCAAUUAUUUUACUGUUAGAGCGUAGACCGGAUGUGGCAUUUUUGGAUGCUUUAUCAUAUUUUCCAUUGGUUUAUUGGAUGCUAGGCUCCAUAGAUUGUCUAGAUGAUUUACUAAGAGCUGGCAUAACAUUAGCCGAAAGUGUGGUAGUUGUAAAUAAAGAACUAUCAAAUUCAGCCGAAGAAGAUUCACUGGCAGAUUGUAAUACUAUAGUGGCCGUUCAGACUAUGUUCAAAUUUUUUCCUAGCAUUAAGAGUAUUACAGAAUUGUCACAGAGUUCCAAUAUGCGUUUUAUGCAAUUUAGAGCUCAUGAUAAAUACGCUUUACAUCUAAGUAAAAUGGAAAAGCGGGAGAAGGAACGUGGCUCUCAUAUAUCAUAUAUGUUUCGUUUGCCCUUCGCUGCCGGUGCCGUAUUUAGUGCCUCAAUGUUGGAUACCUUACUCUAUCAAGCAUUUGUCAAGGAUUAUGUCAUAACUUUUGUAAGACUAUUAUUAGGUAUAGAUCAGGCACCGGGUAGUGGUUUUCUAACAUCGAUGCGCAUUACCAAAGAUGACAUGUGGAUACGUACAUAUGGCCGUUUAUAUCAGAAAUUAUGCUCGACCACUUGCGAAAUACCAAUUGGCAUAUAUCGUACUCAGGAUACUUCCAAUACGGAAGCAACACAUGUGAGUAAUUCACCUGUAGACAAAUGGGGACCAUUUUCAGCUUUCGGAAAGCACUGUGUGCGCUUGCGACCAUCGUAUGAUGAGGAAACUAAUGCCACCCCCGAGUCAUCUAAAGGUAGUAAGGAAGUAUUGCACAGUGUUACAUAUCGACCACCAUCAUCGGGUGGCCCACAUUCGCAUCAUCCCCAUCAACAUCAUAAGUCAACUACCUGUUUGGGUGGAUGUACCGAUCGCAAGGGAUCAACAUCAUCUAUGUUUUUUCAGUACUCGAUCAAUUUGGCCGAUGAGGCAAGAGAUAAUCAUGCGCAACAAAUCGAAAGGGCUGAAAUAGCGAAUUUAGUAAGAAGUCGCAUGGAAUCAUUAAAUUUACCCACCAUUGAUUAUGAUGAUGUAAGCGAGAAACGCAACCAUUUAUCGUAUGUGAUAAUCAAUCCAAGCUGUGAUCUUAAAUUAGAAGAAGGCGAUUUGAUUUACUUAGUACGUCCUUCACCCUUCUCGGCGCAGAAGACCUUUGAACGUCACAACUCCCGACGCAAAUCCAACAUAUCAUUUUGUUCGAACAUCAAUUUGGGUGCUGCUUGCGGUCCGAAUGUCAGCUCUGUGGGUGUCAAUUCUAGUACUGGCGCCGGUUCGAGACGUGGCUCCGGCAUGGGUCUAAAUCCCAUGCAAAUGCAGAGUGUUCAAACAUUGGCCGGGUAUGCUUCGCCACGCUGCACGCCGCCAAUACAACAAAUUAAAUCCAAUUCUCUUUCUCUACCCGACAGUCCUACAGUUGUUGGCUCGCAGCGCGGUCGGAGUAAUUCAUUACGGAUUGAUAAUGACAUAUUACUACGACGUUCGUCGUCCCUGCGUCAGGGUUUGCCAAAUGUUGGUGUUAAUACGGGUAGAAGAAAAUCUUCACUGGAGGAAAUAGGCAUUAGUCAUUUUACCACCUUAAUGCAGGCCACUAAUCAUACUAACCCCAUUAAAAUCGCUCUCAAUGGUAGCAUAGGCUUAGAGAAUCGUAUUUCAUUACAGGUCACCCCGCCCGAAGAGCCUACACCGAUAUUGGGUGUACCCUGUGUUGUGCCUUCCGGUCAAGGUGGCGGCAUUAAUCCCUCUACCUUGGGUGGUGGCUCUACGCUAAAUAUCAAUAAUGUGGAUUUAUCACCCAGCCCUAAUACAAAUUUACCCCUGCAAUUACCCCAAGAUCAGUCACAAGGUGGAUCCCAAUCACAAUUGCCCUCACCGCAACAUUUACAGGGUACAAUUGUAUGAUACAACCUAAUGUGGGGUCGCCGACUCCGCUCCUCGAUGUCGAAGAAAAAUAAAUGGAUUUAAUUUACAGCCAAAAUCUAUACAUGUAGAGCAUUUAGAUGGAGGAGUGUGCAGCAAACGAUGUGAGACCCCUCUAUCUUUCGAAUGGAUAUUAUAUUCAAAAUCAACGACUUGUACAUUUAAACUACUAAAUAGUUUUGUUUAAAUUUAGGUUUAUUUUGUUAUUUAUUAUCAUUUUGUUAUUAGAUUUUAAGCAAAAAAAAAACGGUAAAACUAACUUUAAGAUUACGUAGUUGGCCUUCUUUACUAAUUAUUUUCAAUUGUUUCCUAAUUAAUUUUUAAGUGUUAAUAACUAUUAUUUAUUUAUGUGUGUGUGUUUUUUAAGUUGUUUAAAAAGGAGUUCAAUGCAACUUUGAUUUUGAAAAUUAUUUAUCAAAAAAUAUUUUUUUUAAUAAAGUUAUAGUUUUUGAAUUGAAUUUCUUAAACGUUAUUAGUCUGAAGUGGAAUAUUCUCUACAGAGAAAAAAUUUCAUAGCUGCUACUCCGAGCUCUAUUCUGAAUAGUUGUGAAUACUAUGAUCUCUGAGAGCACUAACUAGUUCAUCUAACAAAUCUAAUUAGAUUCGUUACACAGGCCGACAAAAAAAACGUAAAUUAUAAAAUGUCGAAUGCCAUCUGAAAGUCCAUUCUGCUGGAUGAAAAUAUCUCGAAAAUCAAAGAAGAUAUGUCAGAUUUUAAGCCAUUCUGUCGGAUGAAGAUAUCUCGAAAAUGAAAAAAGAUAUGGCAGUUGUUAAGCCUUUAUUUUAAAGCUGAAAGAAUUGACUUUCAGAUGACAUACAACAUUUUAUAAAUAAAGUUGGACAAAAAGUGUCCAAAAAAGAGUUUUUUGAGAGAUAUCUCGAAUUCCAGAUGUGAUGAAGAAAUUCUGAAGACAUUUACGGAUUCAGCUCUAGGGUUUUGGGUUAAUUUAUUUGGCCUAUGUUAUUAACUAAUUUUUGAGACAGAUUAUGAAAGCUCGAGCCAAUAUCAUACGCUGGCAGAUCAGGGCUACGCUAGUUAUGCUUUAUAGAUCCAUCUUUUUCGUCUGAGACUCUUCUGCAGUAACUUUAAGUAUGUUUAUAAGAAGUUUUAAUGCAUUUUUCGCAAAGACCACUAGUGUCAAGAUUAUUUUCUUUAAAAGUCCCAGAGCAUUUUUGAAACCGGUUCCUCUAACGCCUAUUGAUGUUCGUUAUCGCGGAAACGAGAAUAUGAAUAUCCGAAUUCGAAAAAGGUUUCGUUUAUGGAUGAUUUGUUUAUUAAGCAUUCGUUGAGAAUUAAAUUUCUUCGUAUGUUCUCAUAUAGGUACUGCAACUUAUACCAAUUCAAUUCAAUAUCAGAUUGAACACGAGCCAGUACCUCUAACAGUCUGAACUAGUAUGUGGAGUAUUCUAUUGUGUAUGGGCAUGUCUAUGGACUAGUCGACUGUCUUGUACAUUGACUAGUCUAUUACUAUAUAGUCUUUUAACUAGUCCAUGAAAUAGUCUAUUAACUACUCUAUGAAUUCAUUUAUUGAAUACAUUAUGAUAUAUUCUGUGGACCAAUGUUUGUAAUAGUCUGUUGACUUAUCUAUGAACCAGUCCGGAAAAGAGUCUAUUGUCUAAUUUAUUAUCUGUUCUAUUGAUUUGUAUAAUGCCUCUCAAAUUGAUUCUUUCCAAGUCUAUUAACUAGACUACGAUCUAGUCUAUGAACAAGUUUUUGAAUAGUCUAUGAAUUCAUUAUUAUAAUUUACAUAUAUAUUACAUACUCCAUGGACCUAUAAAUUGUUUAGUCUAUUUACUAUUCUAUUGACUAAUCUACGGACUAUUCUAUAGGUCAAUCUAUUGGCCAUGUUUUGGUAUAGUAUAUAGACUAAUCUGUAGACUAAACUGUGCCCAAGCCUAUGGACUAGUCAUUAACCUAUUCAUUAGAUUAGUCAAUAGUUUACAAUUUAUAAAAACUACUUAACAAGUUGUGCUAGUGCAGCGGUAUUUUUCCAUAUCAAAUGCUAGUCAAAAGUACAAUAUUCAUUGUCAUUUUAACAAAUUUCAUCAAAAAAACUAUUAUUAAUUUAAUAAUAGAUCAAAGUAAUCACUCACCUAUUCCUUCCUUUCGUAUCCAGCAAAAAUUCCGAUUUAUUUUCAAUGAAUGGCCAAUCUAAAGGCAAAUUAAACACUUACGAAGGUUUACGUAAGCCAAAAAAAAGUAAACAACUUUUACAUCACGUAACGAAACGUAGCAAGUAACUGAACCUUAAAACAACAUACCGACUGCACGCUAGCGGCUUUAAUUGAAAUAUUUUCGAAAUAUUAAAACACUUUUUUCACUAAUUAACCUGAUAUUUUCUAAUUGCAAUUUGUUAUAGAAAUAUUAAACAACAUUUAAAUUAUAUAUUUAUGAAAAAAUAUUUGUAAUUUAUUAACUUUUAAUAGGAUUUUUCUUAUUAAUUAUACGAACACUCAGUAACAAACAACCGAACACUUGCAAAAUUUCUAGAAAACUAACAAAAGAAUGCAAGUAAAAGGUGAUUGUUGUUGUUGUUAUUGUUGUUUUCAUUUUAUUUUUUAUUGAACUCCUUUUUGAACUCUUUUCUUCUAUAUUGACUGUUUUAUAAUUUUGUUUCGAAUCUUUUUAUAAAUUAUAAAAUUGUAAAUUAUUAAUUAAUUUAAGCUUAAAUAAACAAAUUGGUAAUAGUGUUGAAUAAGUAAUAAACUUUUAAUUUUUUUUAGCAUUAUAAAAAUGGUCAAUUUUAAAACGAAUUAUAGAAAAUUAAAUUUAAAUAAUAAAUUUAAAAAAAAAAAAAACAGAUUAAAUUCAGUGAAAAUGCUGCAAAAAUACAAGGUGUGUUUUGGGAACAAAAAAAUUGUAGUUAAAAUAUAAAGUUGAAACAAAUAUUUAAUAAACAAAUUAUAUAAUAAAAUAAAAAACAACUAAAACGUAGUUUAUAUAAAUGUAGAUAAAAAAAGAAAUAAUUCAGACUUGAAAAAAAGAAAAAUUUAACAAAAUUGUUAUAUUUGUUAUUUAAUGAAAUCUCAUCUGGCAACAUGUUAAAGUAAUAACGAAAUAAAUUUGUUACAUACUUUUAGGCUGCAACAAUUUUUUAGAAAAUGUGUCAGGCAUGGGAAAUUUAUUUAUUUAGAUAGACAUUAAAAAUAGUUUGC